GACUGGGAGUGGCGGGUAGGUGGGGCUCUGGAGCCGCCCGCUCUCCUGGCGGCAUGGACCUGGGCAUUGUUACUCGGGUUCUGUUGACAGGCAAGACACUCCUCUCUUACGUCCCAGCCCCUCUGCUCUCAACCUGUGAUCAUUUAGUGUCUGUUGGCUUGUCCCGCCUCUUUACCCCGAACCGCACCACCCACAGCCCUCGGCGUAGCAAGAACCGCCCCUUACGGAAGCCGAGGCGGACGGUCAGAAUCCGGAAGAAAAACAACCAGGAACUAGUGAGGCGUUGAAGACCUGCUGCCCGAGGGGUUGCUCGGGAGGGGAUCACCUUAGCCAGGGAGACGCGAGCCUGCUGGGCCUCUGCGUGGGGAUGAUGGCCGCUGUGAGGCAGCGGAAGCUGUCUGCGGCAAAAGAGAUGAAACUCAGGGUCCGGAGCUCGUUCCCGCUGGGGCGUCCGGAGCAAGUGACCCUAUUGGCCUUUGGAGAAGACACCUGUGCUAGGAUAUUAAGAACAUAAUGCAUUCGCCCCUUAGCCCUAGACUAGAAGUUUUACUCCUACUUUUCAAAAAUCAGUACAUACACCUUGGGAGCUGCCUAAUCCGGAAAUAAAAAUCAGAUUUAGCAUUCAUGUUGUAACAUGGAAUGUGGCCUCUGAAGUACCCCCUCUAGACCUCAGUGACCUGCUUCAGUUGAAUGACCCAAACCUGAAUCUGGACAUAUGUAUCAUUGGGAAGUGAACUCUGGGAUCAUAAGCCUCCUUUCCAACACUGCCUUUGAAGACCCAUGGAGCAGCUUCUUCAUGGAUGUGCUUUCCCCUCUGAGCUUCGUCAAGAUCUCCCACGUCCGAAUGCAGGGGCUCCUCUUAAUGGUCUUUGUCAAGUACCAACAUUUGCCCUUCAUCCAGAUCCUCUCUACAAAAUCUACCCCUACUGGCCUCUACGGUUACUGGGGGAACAAAGGAGGAGUCAACAUCUUCCUGAAACUUUAUGGCUACUAUGUCAGCAUCAUCAACUGCCACCUGCCUCCCCACAUGGCCAACAAUGAUCAGCGGCUGGAGCACUUUGACCGGAUCCUGGAAAUGCAGAAUUUUAAGGGACACGAUGUCCCCAACAUCCUGGACCAUGACCUCAUUCUCUGGUUUGGAGACAUGAACUUUCGGAUCGAGGACUUUGGGUUGCACUUUGUUCGGGAAUGCAUAAAAAAUCAGUGCUACAGUGACCUGUGGGAGAAGGAUCAGCUCACCAUUGCCAAGACACAUGACCCACUGCUCCGGGAGUUCCUGGAGGGCCCUCUGCACUUUCCACCCACUUACAAGUUUGAUAAGAACUCCAACAACUAUGACACCAGUGAGAAGAAACGUAAGCCUGCAUGGACCGACCGCAUCCUGUGGAGGUUGAAGCGGCAGCUCCAGGCCCGCUCUUUCACCCCCAGUCUGCCAGCCCCCUCCUUUACCUUGUCCCUGAAGAGCUACAAGAGCCACAUGAUGUACAGCAUCAGUGAUCAUAAGCCUGUCACUGGUACCUUUGACUUGGAGCUGAAGCCAUUGCUGUCUGUCCCACUGAUCACCAUGAUGGCUGAGGGCCUGUGGACCAUGGAAAAUGAAAUGUUGAUCAGCUACUCCUCAACUCCAGACUUCCUCAGCAGCCCCUGGGACUGGAUUGGACUGUACAAGGUGGGAAUGCGCCACAUUAAUGACUAUGUGUCCUAUGUCUGGGUUGGGGACAACCAGGUCUCCUUCGGUGACAACCUGAAGCAGGUGUACAUGAACAUCUGUGAUAUCCCUGAGAAUGAAGAUCAGUACCUCCUCUGUUAUUAUAGCAACAAUCUGCACUCUGUGGUGGGGAUCAGCAAACCCUUCAAGGGGAUCUCCUGGGUGAAGCCCAAGCAUGGAUCUGAGCCUGGAUGGGACGAGUGAAUCCAGGGCGGAGGCUACAGCUGGCAGCCAGCCCUCCCUUACCACUGCCAGGAUUGCUGGGGGCCCAGCCCCUGAGGAGGCAGCCAAGUACCCGCCACCUCCCCACCUCCCAGGGUAAGCUCUAGCCAGACUCCUUAAUCUUGCCAGGCCAGACUACUGGAAUUGGCACUUAAAAUACAGGUGUUUGUUGCUGAGAUAUAAGUGAAACCAGCUCGUUUAUCAGCAUUGAAGACUUUGGAAGGACCCUCCAACAUGCAUCUCAUUUCUUGAACACACAAAAACACACACUCAAAUACUCCAGUCCUGCCCAAGCACUCCUGCCAGGCACAUGCCCCAUCUGGCACAGGCCUGCAUUCUUGUCACUCCAUGCUGGGCCUCAGGCUGCCUGGAAGGGCUAGAUCCUCACAUUUCUACAGGCUCCAUAGACUGGUUGGCACAAGCAGCAUUGGGUUCCAGAAGGCUUGGCAUUUUAUAGUUUGUCCCAAUGGGGUUUGAGCAGAGGGUCUAGGAUCCCUGGUUUCAGUAGAAGCAGUAUAAUUAAGUGGACAGGAUGGAAGAUCCCCUCACCUACGCUGUUACAUAGAGUGAGUGUGAGUAGGUCAGUGAGAGUCUGUGCCAGCACAGCCUUUUCCCUUCACCCUGCAUGGAGUUUAACCCAGGAAGUUCCAGAGCCUGUGCAGACAGAAUUCCAGGGUGCUGAGUUAGUUUCUACGGGUAAGUCAAUUCCCAUGACCCCAACUUGCCCUCUUGUGAAGGUUUGACAGGUGUUAGGGGAACUGCAGCCAUAGACUUCCCAGAUGAUCCUUGCCAGUUCAAGCUCAUCUGGCUCUCCCCGACCCGCCAUCAUUAGCCUUUAGCAAGAAUCUGCUCCUCUCUCUCAACCCCUUGGAGGCCUAGAAGUAGGAGCAGGUAGGCAGAAGGGAGAGCCAGGAUGAAGACAUUUUGGGAGACCUGGCCCUGAGAACCUCAGAGAUCAUUCUCCAGGUGCCCUGUGGACAUAUCUUCUCCCUGUUCCUGCCAAUUACCUUCUGCCAGUAGUGACUCUACAGCCCUUCUCCCAGAAGAAGACACCUCAGAGAACCUGCUCUGUCACUGUCACAUCCAAUCACCACCUGCGACUGAGAAUCAGUCACUCCAGUUGCUCUGUAUUCUAUAUUCUACCCUGGGAGCCAUGUGUAUGAAGAAUUGUCCCCUCGGCCUCUAGCAAGCCAUGACUACCUGUGUUCUGUGUCUGUUACAUUGGGGGAUAAUUGGAAAUUUGGCUUUUACACUUGUGUGCGACUCCUUGAUGAUAGGAUGGGGGGGCAAGAAAUACAGGAAUGGGGUCUAGAGACCUGGGUUUGAAUCCAUGUUCAAUCCUACCCUAUCUUACCAGAUAGGAGCCGCAGUUGUCUGUAAAAUACAAAUGAUUUCAAAUGUACCUAUUUGCAAGAUCAUUGCAAGAAAGCAAUUAAAACAUACAUAAACACAAACAUCCAGCACUAUA